AUGUAUAUCCUCCUUCUUACUACAUAUGUAGCGGCAGUCAGGUACCUGCGGUUCCGCCGUAGAGAUCAGAUUUUGGCUGCUCUGGAGAAGGACAGGCCACUGUCAUCCAUGACUGUGCCAGAGGCGCAUAACAUCAUGAUGCAGCUGCAGGAGCUCGAAUUCCCUUACGCUUUUAGAAAAGCUCGAACCAUAUCCCUUCUGAAAGCUGGCGGUAUCCCAACGAUGUCCAAGCUGUUUGCUGUUACGGGACAGAAUAACGCAAGAAACGGCGGAAAGCGUGCUGUCGAUACUGAGAUCCUGAUACGUGAAGUUCAGCACAACAGCCGAUUAUCAUCCCGAUACCAAACCGCUAUUGCUCGCAUGAAUUAUCUACACUCCCGUUAUCGCCAGGCUGGUAAGAUCCUAGAUGAAGAUCUACUACAUACACUAGGAUCGAGCAUUGUCGAAAUAUUCCGUAUCUUCGAAAGCGAGGAGUGGCGUCCUCUGUCAGAAGUUGAAAAGUGUGCUGUGGGGGUAGUCCACAUGGCUCUUGGCCAAGAUAUGGAGAUCCCUUUCAACUUUCUUCCAUCAAGCUCAGCGGGUUGGAGAGAUGGAAUACACUUUGCCACUGAGCUUCGUGAUUGGACCCUACGUUACGAAGCAAAUGUGGCACUUCCAACUGAAGCGAAUGACAGAUAUGUGAGAGUAUAUGUUGAUGGCAUAUUUCCAAGGCUUACCACAAGAAUGCGAAUGCUGUUGAGGAAGACUAUCGGGUCUGAGCUCGACAGUGUCAUGAGGGAGAGUCUUGGGAUUGAAUCCGCCGGGCCUGUCCUUACUUUCGUUCUAUCAUGGUUCAAAACGUUGCGGCGCCUGGCUCUGCGCUAUUUGAGUCUACCCAGACCAGCCUUCCUGGCUUCCAAAUCUCUUGCCGAGACACCGAAUCCAGAAACUGGGCUCUAUAACCUUACACAUUUCAGUGCAGAGCCAUGGUACACCAGAUCUAACUGGUGGACAACCCAUGGGCCCCGUGCUCAAAUGAUUCGGGUACUAGGAGGAAAACUUCCAGAAUCAGUGUUGGGCAAAUUCAAGCCUCAAGGAUAUGACUUGAUGACAAUCGGUCCACAGCCACAGGAGGGUAAAGGCAUGGAUUCAAUGGCUGCAACGAUAAGCGGUUUGCAAAGUCAGGAUUUAAGUACCUGUCCUUUUAAAAGGUUCAAGUCUUAA